AACUCCGCGACCGCCUGUGCAGCCGCCUAUGAUGGCCCAAUUCUGCCGGCAGCAACCCCACACUUGCGUGAUGCCCGCUCAGUCCGCUCUCGUCAGCUCCGUGUAGUAGCGAUCAUCACAACGUGUCUUGUGGUUUAAGUUCUCUGUGCCUCAACCCUCUAUAAACGUGAUAUCAACGCAAAAUUACAGCCAUCGCCUUCAUAGGAUACAACAAUGGUCAAGGAAGAGAUCCACAAAUAUGGUACCAAUGAUGGCUGGCAUGGUGUGAUUAGCGAGGGAGGAGAGUUUCCUGUUGAGAAAGACAGGUAUCAUCUGUAUAUUGGCCUUUUCUGCCCCUUCGCUCACCGGGCCAAUCUCGUCCGGCAUAUCAAGCAUCUCCAGCCCUUCCUCCCAAUCUCAAUUGUCAAGCCCUAUCCCAAGGGAGAGCCAGGAUGGCGCUUUGACGAAACUUAUCCAAAUGCUACGCCAGAUCACCUUUACAAUAGCCGCUUCUUACACCAGAUUUACUUUCGCGACGAUCCAGCUUACAGUGGAAAGUACAGUGUUCCACUCCUGUGGGACAAGAAAGAGAAACGCGUUGUCAGCAGCGAGAGUAUGGAAUUGUUGAAGUGGCUGCCUCGAGCAUUCGAUAGUCUGAUCGGAGACGAAAAGAUUCGGAGCAUUGACUUCUAUCCUGAGCAUUUGAGGGCCAAGAUUGAUGAAGUCACACCGUGGCUCACAUCACUGAUCUGCCACGGCGUUUACAAGGCCGGCUUCAACACCACCCAGGACGGGUACAAUGAGCACGUCGUCCCUCUCUUUGCUGCAUUGAACAAGCUGGAGAAGCUGGUGCACAGCAAUGGAGGGCCGUACAUCUUGGGUGACACACUGACGGAACUGGAUCUCUUGGCGUAUCCGACGGUAGUCAGAUUUGAUACGGUAUAUGCGCAACAUUUCAAGACCAACUUGGGGACCAUCAGGCAUGAUUACCCUGUUCUCAACAAUUGGCUGAAGAAUCUGUACCACAACAUUGAGGGCUUCAAGGAGUCGACGGACUUCCAGCACAUCAAGGAAAAUUACACGAAGAGCCACCCGGAUAUCAAUCCGUUAGCGAUCACGCCUUUGGGACCUUAUCCGGAAGUUGAGGAAGGAUAUCGGGCAGACUGGGCUCAACUCAAGCCAGGAGAAGUGAGACAUCCAUUAGUCAUUGAGGCGGCAAGCAAGUUGUAAGGAACUUAGAUUGAUGACACUGGUAGAGAAUACGUGCUGCCCGAUCCA